CUUUAUCCAUCCUCCUUUGGCCAUCCUAGUACCCUAUUCCUGCUUAACCAUCAUGCUAUUUUUUAAAAAAAACCUGUAUCCCUUAAGAAAGCUAAAAGUACCCUGACCUGUGCUCUCUCACCCAUACCCAGUAACCCUUUUAAUAUGAAUUCCUGCACCCCAAAUCCCUUAGAUUAAUUCUCAUCAUCUCUCUCUGUAUCCAUACUUCCUGUAACUCAGAAUUACAUGUUCUACUGACUCCUCUUCCUGACAUUCCUCAAACAAUCCUGUCUGGUCUUUCCCUAUCAUUUUCACUGUUUAGUCCCCAACCUUAAACUAGUCCACACAGUUUCCUCUCUAUUGCCUACCCUAGUACCUGUAACACUCUUUUAUAUCAAAUACAAAACCUCCCUUUCCCCUCUCUGUCCCAUCUUUCUUGCCACAUUUGGAUGGUUUUUCCCCCAGCAUUAUUUUACCAGCACUUGCUUGACUGUCUCUUAAUUUUAGGUGCGUGAAACUUUGCAAUUGUUUCCUUUUCAGUGACUUCUUCCCUGCCCCCCCCCCCCCCCAGUUUCUGAACCAGAACCGGUUUGUUACAUUUGAUUUUCUUUUAAAAGAAGUAUCUGAUCAUACAUUUGGCUUUUGUUAGGAACAAUCUAUUGCCACUUCAGUUUCAUUGUCUAAUUGUGUCUCUGCCUCAGUUUAUCGACUCACAACCAUCUUUACCUAUUCCAUUGUGCAGAGUCAAAUUAAACUGUAACCGACAAGUCAGGUGAGAAUGGACUGUAGGACUGAAGUGAGGAUUGAUGAUCCAUAAAAAGUCAUUCACUUCAGCCACUGACCUAACAGUCCUUGGCCAAGAGCUCAUUGGAAUCAGGUUUAUUAUCACUGGUAUGUGUCGUGAAGUUUGUUAACUUAGCAACAGCAGUUCAAUGCAGUACUUGAUAAUAUGGAAAGAAAAAAUGUCAAUUACAGUAAGUAUGUAUGUGUAUAUAUUUUUCUCGCUGUUAUCAUCAGGUAAGACGUACAGAAACCUGAAGGCACACACUCAGCAAUUCAGGAACAGCUUCUAUUCCCCUGCCACCUGAUUCCUAAAUGGACAUUGAACCUUGGACACUACCUCACUUUUUUAAUAUACAGUAUUUCUGUUUUUUGCGCAAUCUUUAAUCUAUUCAAUAUGUGCAUACUGUUACUGAUAUACUUAUUAUCUUUUUCUCUUCUAUAUUAUGUAUUGCGUUGAACUGCUCCUGCUAAGUUAACACAUGCCGGUGAUAAUAAACCUGGUUCUGAUUCUGCACCCUCUUCCUGACUGUAACAAUGAGAAGACGGCUUGCCCUUGGUGAUGAGGGUCCUUAAUAACCAUGACCAUGAUUGUUCUUGGCAAAUUUUUCUACAGAAGUGAUUUGCCAUUGCCGCCUUCUGGGUGGUGUCAAUACUCUUCAGAAAUGUCUGCCUGGCGUCAGUGGUCACAUAACCUGGACUAGUGAUAUGCACUGACAGCUCAUAUGACCAUCUACCAGCUUCUCCCAUGCCUUCACAUGACCCUGAUCAGGAGGCUAAGCAGCUGUUACACCUUGCUCUUGGGUGACCUGCAGGCUAACGGAGGGAACGAGCACCUUUCACCUCCUUUGGUAGAGAUAUCUCACCAACCUUUUAUGAUGGUAGGCGAAGGUAUUGGAGCUGCACAGGGAGAAGCUCAUGAAUGACACUGGGAGCCAUAGUGACAUAAUGAACUGUGUAUCCAAGUAGAAUGCUUACCAUAAAUGGCUGCAGUGGGACUACUUUAGACAGUACAUAGUACUAGAAAUAAAUAUUAGUCCUCACGGCCCAUUUAUCAGCAGUGAAAAUUAUGAAUAUUCUGGACAAUAUGAAGAGAAAGAAACCAUCCACUGUGGCAGAAUAAAGGGCUAUUUGCAACAGUUUAGAAUGAUUAUCAGAAGAGCCCAUAGGAACAUAGUUUUGUGCAAUAAGUGAUUAGAGUUCAUGAGAUGCACUGCCAAAAGGUGUGUUUGGUGCAGAACUGGCUUUCAAAGAGCAAGUGUUUAAAUACAUUACGGAAACAAAUAUUGGCGAUUUCAGACACCGACCAUGGAGUGGGAGUGACUGGAUGGAUCUGUUAAGACUGUAGCAGGUUAAGUGGAGUGAAUGGGCUUUCCUCAUGGGCUAAGCAUAUGAACUAGACCAUUCAUAUCACAGGCAGGUUAUAGACCAAUCUGCCUGUGAUGACUGGUGGAAAUACCAAAUGAGGAGGAAUGACCUAUCUUUGACAUAUUCACCAACACCAGCAUUCUGGAAGAGGCCAGCACUUCCACCAUAAAAAAAAAGCAACAGCCCCUCCAAAGGAAAGGGAAUAUCAUUAGGAUGCUCAACUCACAUCUCCCCAAACAGAUCCUUUAUUCCCAGUUGGAGGAAGGCCAGCAAGCCCCUGGAGAGCAACGGAAAUGCUUCAAAGAUAACAUUAAAUCAGCUUGACCAAUUUCAGCAUUACGUCUAAAAACUGGGAAGAUAUUGCACUCAGUAGGUGCAGCUGGCAGAAAUCUGUUCUAGAGAGAGCUGCACUACGUGAGUGUGAACAAGUGACAGCUGUGAAAGGGGAGAAUGAACAACCAAAAGACCCAACCACUAACCACAAUGCACCAGAAUUCUUGACCACAAUGCACCAGAAUAUGUGGAUCCUGGAUCAGCCUCUACAGCCAUCUGAGGAUCCACCAUUAGACAACACCUUAAGAGAAAAUCUUACUCGAUGAGUGGUUGCACUAAAUCUCCUGCAACGAACAACUGAUCAACAAAAAUCAAAUUCUGUUUCUGGGUUGUAUGAUAACAGGAAUCCGGGCAUGAUUCAACUUAAGUUUCCUCUCCCACCAGCUUUAGCAACAUUCCCAGUAGAGUUUGUGAAAAGAAAGCUUUUCUUUGUAAAAGUAGGUAAGUAUUUUCAGGGAUUUGUGGUCUUGGUCAGUUCCGUCUCUUGCAACAACAUCCUGUGCAUUAUAAAGAUCUCUGGCACUCUAAAUUUGUGGGGUGGAAGGAGUUAAAACAAGCCCGAAUCAUAAAACUAGUAAUGCUAUGCCUUUGUGUUUUUCAGAUGCCAUAUACCCCAAUAUGCCAUUCUGAAUAGCUUUUCACAUUGGUUACAAGAUCAUUGGAACCAUUAGUCUUCAUAACACCGCUAUUGUUACCUAGGUGAAACCUGAUGAAGUUCAAAUGGAAGAACAUGAAUAGGGUCAGAAGUAAACCAGCUGAAUGGAGUUCAAUUGACAUGGCCACUUCUAGUCAAUAUAUACAAAGUAAGUCCCAGGGGCAGGAUCGGUUUGAUUAUCUCCAAGCCCUUGUUACUGAAUUUCAAGAUACUGACAGUCAAGAGUCAAAGGAACAAGUUCUGGCAAACCUGGCUAAUUUUGCUUAUGAUCCCAGUAACUAUCAGUAUCUUCGACAGCUGCAGGUCAUUGACCUAUUCCUGGACAUGCUCACCGAAGAAAAUGAAAGAUUUGUGGAAUUUGGAAUAGGUGGUCUCUGUAACUUGUGCCUUGACAAACAGAACAAAGAAUAUAUUUUACAGAACAAAGGAGUUCAGGCAGUACUGGACUGCUUAUCCAGCUCUAAUGAGGAAACUGUGCUGUCUGCCAUUACCACGUUAAUGUACCUAGUGACUCCUUUGUCCCACCAAGAAAUAGCAUCAAUGCCGGUUAUUCAGUGUAUGCUACGGUUUUCUCUGUCCAAAAACAAACGACUGAGUAACUUAGCAACUUUGUUUCUAAAAGAUGUCUGCUCUUCAGAAGAAGUAGAAAAAGCCGGAAAUCUGCAGAAUCACACAGCUUUGGGAAUACCACUUCCAAAAGAAUAGGCUCAGAAAAUUCUGAUACUUCGGGAAAGGAGUGCAUGGACUCAUCACUGUGUGAUGAACAGUCAUUACAAAAAUUGCAUGUGAAUACUGUGUUUUAUCUGAAUUGUUCAGUUUCUUAAUAGUUCAUGGUGUGCUUGCUGUAGAGACCAUAUUGUUAAAAUUUAAGUUGAGGGUCUUCUCUUAUAGAUAAAACUUAAAGAUUACUUAACAUUAUUUGGUAGAAGGGCAAGAAAGUUUUCCUAAGUGCCCUGACCAUUAUUAAUCCGUUAGGCAUCUUUCACUAAAAUUAUUAUACUUUGAUUUGCAGAAGUUUGUUGUUUGUGAAUUUGCUGUCACAUUUUCUACAUUUUUAACAGUAACAGCACUUCGGAAAUACAUCACUGCCUGCUUUGGGAUUGAAAAGGUGACUCAAAGUCAAUAAGAAAGCUGUAUUAUCUUUUAUUGAUGCAUUGCAAUUUUAUUUUCAAUCCCAGUUCUCCAUCUGAUGUUGAUAUUGCUGAAGAACCUGUCUGCAUGUGUUGGCACAUUUUAGUUGAUAAUGAAUGCAAUUUUGCUGGAGGUGUCAUCUUUCAUGUGAAAUAUUAAAACUUGAUCCUGCUCAGAGUAAACAUUUUUCCCAGCAUCUUAUUAAACCACUGUCUAAUACUAUAGACAAGAAAAACUUUAAUUGGUUAUUCAUGAGAUGUUAAUGGUUCAUUUGUUCAAGUUGUUAUACUCCUUAAAUAACUCACUGCAGGAUACUGACAUAUCAGUAGUGGAAUACAAGUUCAAAUUGUGCCUAAAAAGAAUAAAAAAGAUUGUGUGUGGGAUGUUGAAGAUGUUGGUGUCACAAUCUUGUCAUAAUUUUGGACUGCAACUGAUCAAUCAGUUAUAGCAAGGGUAAUGCCAGGUAUAGUAAGAUUUGCCAACUUGUAAAUAAUUUUUUUUUAUAAAUAAUUUUUUAUAAUUUUUUUUCCUGGAUUUAUAACCACUGCCCAUCCUUAUGGUUCUGUAUUACUGAGGUUUCCUGAGGCCCCAUUCCCGUGCUCCCUUGAAACACACUGAUACCUGGUUUCCUACAUUACAUUCCCUUUCCAUUUUUGUUCGAGUUCUUUUUGCGCGGAGGUGCGAUUUGGGGGUUGAUGAUAGUGCUGCCUUUCUUUUAAGGUUUCAUGGUUACCCAGAGAACUAAUGAAUUUCAGAGUUGUAUACUUUGAUAAUAAAUGAACCUUUGAACCUUUAAAUUCAUUUUUUUAUUCUU